CAGAGUGAGGACAGGAGUCCCUGCAAGGACGCACAUCCUAUAGCAGCCAUGGACUCAAACAAACAAGAAGGAGAGACUGAAAGUGUGCCUGUGAGUAACCCUGCAACACAGAUAUCCCAGUUGCAGGCAUUAGCCUCUGAGUUGAAGGCGGGUUUCACAGAAGCGAUGCAGGAGCUGUCACGAAUCCAGCAUGGCGAGUAUGCCCUGGAGGAGAAGGUCAAGAGCUGCCGCUGUGCCAUGGAGGAGAAAGUGGCUGAGAUGAAGAACUCCCUCAACACGUUCAAGGAGGAGCUCAGUGAUGCAAAGUCAAUGAUUGAAGAAAUCAGUGCCAAGCAGGAGGAAAUGCAACAGAAAAUCGAGCAGCUGCAGCAAGAGAAGCGGCGAGAAUCACGGAAAGUGAAAGCGAAAAGAGCGCAGAAGGAUGACCAUGGGUCACAGACAGUACCUACGCCUCUCCAAGGCAGCCCAUUUCGAUCCAUUAACCUCCCAGACCCUGUGCUGAUCAAUGAAGAUUUUACUAGUCUUUUGCACAACGUGACCUAUGAAAAAGUGUCUGACACCAGGAUCAUGCCAAUGGGAGAAGGGAGCGUGAAAGUCAUAGCAGGUCCAGGAGCAGCCAUAGAGGCAGACGACGGCCUCAAGCCUUCCUUGACAACAGACGGUCAGGCAAAGGUGCAUCUGCCAUCGACAGUGUGGAAGCAGCCCAAGGACACCAAGGAGUGGGGAGAUGAAUAUAUAUCCAAAGAGCAACCAGAGAGAGGGAAAGAUAUGGGCCAGAGCAGAUACAGCUCAGCAGACAACAUUAUAUGUGAACCCUCUUUGGCUGCUAAAAGGCAGAACAUUGCUUUGGAGCUGCUGGAGUCAGAAAGGAAAUAUGUCAUCAACCUUUCCCUAAUCCUGAAAAUCAAGGCCACAUUGCAAGGACCAGAUGUGAAAAGGAGCACCAAAGAGAGAAGUUUCUUCCCCAACUCUUUGCGGUACUUGGUCCAGCAGCACGUCGAUUUACUUCAUGCUCUACAGGAAAGAGUCUUGAGCUGGCCACGCCAAGGGAUUCUAGGAGAUAUCUUCUUGAAGUUAACAAAUGAUGAGAACAAUUUUCUGGACUACUAUGUUGCUUACCUGAGGGACUUGCCAGAAUGUAUCUCUCUGAUCCACGUGGUGAUCCUGAAGGAGGUAGAAGAAGAAAUCAAAUCUGAUCUCUACAUUCUGUUCUUCCAUAUAGUCCAGCGAAUCCCUGAAUACCUUAUUCAUCUACAGAAUGUCCUGAAGUUUACGGAGCAAGAGCAUCCUGAUUAUUAUCUGCUGCUGGUGUGUGUGCAGCGCCUCCGGGUUUUCAUCUCACACUACAGCCUCCUCUUCCAAUGCAACGAGGACCUGCUCAUACAGAAGCGCAAAAAACUGAAGAAGUCGUCCCUGGUGAAGCUGUACAAAGGUCUCACCUCCCAGUGCACGAGCCAAGAGGUUUCUCCAACACCAAGUGCGACCUCUAUCCGGGACAGCGGGAUCCACUCUGAAGAAACCAUACAGUCGUUUCCACCAGCACCUUCCUCUGGCACGACAACCCCGCAUUUGAUGCCCCAGAUGAAGAAAUCCCAGCCAGCUGUGAUGGAGAACAUCCAGGCUGUAAAGCCCCCUGACUGGGAAAUGGAAAGUAGAAAACAUGAGAGGCCAGAGAACAUCCUUGCAUCCUCUCAGCUCACGGAGCAGGAACUCAAGGCUCUGACAGCCCCCUUACAAUCUAUCCCCGAAAUGGAGUAUGAAGCACCGCCAGCUGAUGCGGUGGGAAACACUGAGAGAGCCAUCAGGACCUCUGUGGAGCUGCUGCAGGAUGCGAGGAACUUUGCGCCAAGCUAUGAAGAGUUUGAUUACCCUGGGGAAGUUUUCACCCUGCCAGGCCCCUAUGAAGAUGAUGCCUUCCAAAACCUUGCUCUCUUUGAGAAUUGCUCCCCAGCCUCUUCUGAAUCCAGCUUAGACAUUUGCUUCCUUAGGCCUGUUAACUUCACAUCAGAACCGGAGAGGACAGAUCAUGCCUUACAGCCAUUGCCUAAGAGCUGUACUCCUGUAAGCAGCAGUACUUACAAGCGUGAGAUGUUCCACAGUAAAGGCAAGCAGCUGAGCAGGUCCCUGAAGGAGCUGCCGAGGAGCGCUGAGGGCGUGAGCACCAGACUCUACAGCACGAGGAGCAGCAGUGGGAGCCGGCUGCAGCAGAAGCAGGAGAGAAAUGUCCAGCCUCACAUGAUUUCAGCUUCAUCUCGAAGCUCCCAAAGGAGCUACUUCCCCCCACAGAGAGGAGCGGGUGAAAAACAGAGCUUUUUGGAAGUAAGGAGGGAGCUCCAUGCAGAAGACAACACCAGGUUCUGCCAGAAGGAUGACAAUGAGCAAACAUCCUUCAGCGACCACAACCCGCGGCACGAGCCCAAGGGGGGUUUCCGGAGCUCCUUCCGCAAGCUCUUCAAAAAGAAAUAA